CGUGACGCGGGGCCGCGGCCGCUCCCCGGGGCCGGAGCGGAGCCGCAGCCGCGGGCGGGCGCCAGGAGGACUCUGCUCCUGUCAGCACAGCUCUGUUUCACUGCUCCCUGGGUGAACAGGUGAAACCAGCCUAGAGAGGGACUUCACUCGCCUUUUAAUGAACGUCAGAAAACAGGUUCAACUCGUCAGUCAUUGAUCAUUUUAUUGCCACUAAGCUUGUUCUCCAAAUCCUGCUCUCAUCAUGUUCUGCUGAACCUCUUUAUUGAGGGGUUGUUUGGUGUGGAUGUUCCAAUGGCACAGAAGCACUGCCACGGCCUCCUACCCAGCAGAGCUGCUCCCCAGAGCCAGAGGGAUGGUGGUAGUCACGGGGCAGAGCAAAGCCAGCGCCACCCCGGAUGAUGCCAUGUCGAGCUCGGAUGCGGAGGAUGAUUUCCAAGAGCCGGCCACUCCCACCGCCACCCAGGCGGGACAAGCGCUGCCUCUGCUGCCUCAGCAGUUCCCAGAAGUUGUCCCGCUGAACGUGGGAGGGAUGUUCUUCACCACCAGGCUGUCCACGCUGCGCAGGUACGAGGACACCAUGCUGGCUGCCAUGUUCAGCGGCAGGCACUACAUCCCCACAGACGCCGAGGGCAGGUACUUCAUCGACAGGGACGGCACCUACUUCGGAGACAUACUAAACUUCCUACGAUCUGGUGACCUGCCCCCCCGAGAGCGAGUGAGGUCAGUGUACAAGGAAGCUCAGUAUUAUUCCAUAGGACCCUUGCUAGACAAUCUAGAGGAUAUCCAGCCUCUUAAAGGAGAAAAAGUUAGACAAGCUUUCCUGGGCCUAAUGCCAUAUUACAAAGACCACCUGGAGCGCAUAAUCGAGAUCGCCAAGCUGCGGGCCACGCAGAGGAAGGCCAGGUUUGCCAAGCUGAAGGUGUGCGUGUUCAAGGAGGAGAUGCCCAUCACUCCCUACGAGUGCCCGCACUUCAACUCUCUGCGCUUCGAGCGCAGCGAGAGCGAGACCAAGCUCUUUGAGCACCACUGCGAGGUGGACGUGUCCUUCGGGCCCUGGGAGGCCGUGGCCGACGUCUACGACCUGCUGCACUGCAUCGUCACCGACCUGUCGGCCCGCGGCAUCACCGUGGACCACCAGUGCAUCGGCGUGUGUGACAAGCACCUCAUCAACCACUACUACUGCAAGCGCCCCAUCUACGAGUUCAAGAUCACCUGGUGGUGAGCUCCGCGGCCUGAGGAAAGGAUGGAAGGACUCCCGGAGGAGAAACCUUCUUUCGAGGUGAGCUGGUGGUGAGUUGUGGCAGAGCGAAGGGUGGAAGGACUCCUAGAGGACAAAUGUUCUUUCAAGAUCUUGUGGCGGCUGAGCAAAGGAUGGAAGGACUUCCAGAGGACAAAUGUUCUUUUGAGAUGGCCUGCUGGUGAGUUGUGGUGGCUGAGCAAAGGGUGGAAGGACUCCUAGAGGACAAAUGUUCUUUCAAGAGCUUGUGGUGGCUUGAGCAAAGGGUGAAAGGACUCCUAGAGGACAAAUGUUCUUUCAAGAGCUUGUGGUGGCUGAGCAAAGGGUGAAAGGACUCCUAGAGGACAAAUGUUCUUUCAAGAGCUUGUGGUGUCUUGAGCAAAGGGUGAAAGGACUCCUAGAGGACAAUGUUCUUUCAAGAGCUUGUGGUGGCUGAGCAAAGGGUGAAAGGACUCCUAGAGGACAAAUGUUCUUUCGAGGUGACCUGGUGGAGAGUUGUGGCAGAGCAAAGGGAUGAAAGCGCUCCUAGAGGACAGAUGUUCUUUCCAGAUGACCUGCUGGUGAGUUGUGGUGGCUGACUGAGGGGUGAGAGGACUCCUGGAGGACAAAUGUUGGCAGCUGCGUUGCUGCUCGCGUUCCUUGGGAUCAGCCUGCUGGCAGGGGUUGGGAAAAACCUCUGGAAACUUGAAAAACCAGCCUGAAAUCGGACUGUUGGCUCAGGUACCUCAACGAGGCACAAAACAAAAUCACCUCAUGGAAAGGAUGGAGGGGAGUGGCUGAACAUCUGCCGAAAGGUGCCGCCAACCACGUGGCUUCAGGAUGGAAUUGCAGAUUUUUCCUGGCAUUUUUUGGGAAUCUGGGGUGCUACUAAAGCUCACGUUACAGUUUUACCCUCUUAGAAGUGUUUUAGUUCCUCCUUCAGCUUUAUAAAAUUUGAGUCACACCCAGCACAAAGAUUCUGGAAUUGUCAUUUUGAUGUACUAGGUAAUUAAAAAAAAAAAAAAAAAAGUAUUCCCUAUAUAUUAUUAACUGUUGUCAGGGUUAAGCUGUGUUUCUUUUUUAAUUAUGAAUCUACGUUGUGAAUUAUAAUGUUAAACUUCAAUUAUUUCCGUUGUUAUCAAAAGGAAUAGCAGAUCUGGAAUAUAUUCCUUAAUGCUUUUAGGAAUAAUAACUGUUUAUGGAAGACUUGUGCCUGUUUUUAGCCUUAGAAAUUCUAAAUGUUUACAAUAUCUACAAAAAAAAAAAGCUCUUUAGUAUCAGGUCAGUCACAAAGGCUUUUGGUAAAUGAGAAAACCCUGUCUGUAUGUUCCUAUUCGCAGUAGUAAGAGGAAUAUUUCAUGUGUAUUAUUUUAUUACUGACUCUUUUUACAUUCUGUGAUAUUAAACUUUAUUUUAGACUUAAAGUCAGAUGAUAUUAGGACAAGUGCUUCCUUCACCUCACCUUUUUCAGACAAUUAAAUCUGAAUUUUACCCUUCUUGUUGACCCUUCUUGGUGUCGUAGAAGGAAAAGCAAAAUUCAAACAUCAUAUUCAGAUACUUCUGCACUCUAAAGCAGGAGGAAAUUUCUUUUCAUGCUGGAAGAGGCAGCCACUGCAGAAUCAUAUUUUUUUCAGAAAGUCAUUUUUGUACUUCUGACACGAGCAAACACAGCCCCAAUUUCACCUACUGAAUUCAGCCCAAGACUGAGAGGGAGAACUGUCUGAAAAUCUUGUUGUUUUGUGAGGUACAGAAAGCUCCAACCCGCUUGAAGGGGCUUCAAAAUAAUCUUAAAGAGAGAGAAAAAUUAAAUAUUUACAUCCUGCAUUCCACUGGAUUAAUUAACCCAAGAAUAUUGCUUAAUUAAACCUCAGACCGAAAUUCUUAAGAACCAUUAAUGACAGCGAUCAAAAUUCUCAGUUUUCUGAGGCAAUUUUUAGAAUAACUCCAAGAAGUUCAGGAUCAAAUUGUCAUGCAAAAAAAGAGACUUUUUUUUUUUUUUUUUUUUUUUUUUGCCUUGUCACCCUUUUAGAUAUUUAAUUUAGGCAUGAAAUUGUCUCUCUGAGGUGGGUGUCUCCUUACUGAUCUCUGCAAUCCUUGGCACAGGAUCAUUGUCAAGUGCUGAGCUUCAAGGGCAGAGAGAAAUUUGAAUAGAGGGAGUUCUGCACAUUUGGAUCUAAAUUUAAGUUUGUUUCAAUUGCUGCCUGAAAUAAUGGCCUUGGGGGUUACGGGUUCUUGGAGUCGUGGUUGGCAACCCAAAAUUAGGAGUUAAACUGAGAUUAAAGUUUCCCUGCAAGCAGAGGAAGUUUUGCUUGGUUUCUUUGCUGCCUUCAUUCUUUCUUUCUUUUCCAAGGGAUCUUAACUCCAAACCGUGAUUUCUUAUAAAAUUAAAUAACAUCUUAAAGCUGAGCCUUACAAAGUUUUGGCUGCUUGUGCACUGCAGUUCAGGAUUUUCAGAUAUUUAAGUUUCAGAAUUAGAGUUAUUUACAAUUUCAGAUUUACAAUAUUCAGAUUACAGUGAGAGUUGCAGUUUUGCUGGAAUUUUUAGUGGUUUUUUUUUUUACCACUUCCCAUAAAUGUAUUCACAGAAUAUUCUGGUUGGAAUUGCAGCACUCCCUGCAGAAAUGGAUCGCAAUUUGAUUUUCACAGUGUGUUUUCUGGUCUGGCUUUAGGAAUUUCCCUGCUGUUGUUCAGGAGGAGCUGCGAUGACAAAAUGCCCGUUUCAGUCAUUUUUGUUACUCCUGCGCUGGGAUUUUGUAACUUUUUCUUGUUCAUUAAAUAAUUAAGGAAGGCAACCCAACCAAAAAGAAAGAAUGAAAAUCUUGGUCUGUAUCAGCUGUGUCUAAAUCAAAGUUCUCAUCCUCCUGAAGACAUUAAGUGCAAUACUGGAAAGGAAAACAUGAAUUUAAGCCCACGAGCUUUAAUUUAGUGCUGGGAUUUGUGAUUCGUUCAGGUUAACAGUGUUUUAAUUGUUCCAAGCAGUCUUUGUUUACAAGGAUUUAGCUGCUCUUUGCCCAACCUGUGCUCAUUUUCUGGCAGAAGCAGAAGAACUGUGCAGGUGGAUGGCAGGGGAGUGUAAUCGAAAAACUGGGUCGUAUAACGUGAUUGAUUCUCUUUUCUGGGCCUGGAGCUUUGAAAUUCUGCAUUUGCAACAAAAAAAUGGGAGCAGCUGAUCUACUAAACCCAUGUUGGAGAGGCUUUUUGUAUAGAAUUGUAUCAUUAAAAUAUGGAAUACUGAUUGAUUUUUUUUUUCCUCUAGGACUUUUCUUUAGAUCUGGAUAGGCCAGAGUUUUGCUAAUACAUAUUUUUCUGUGCUCCCUUAGCUUUUUUAACAACUUUUUUAUCUCCAAAGCCGCUUUCCCACCCUCACACUCCCAAAUCCCUGUGUUUGUGAGCAGUAAAUUGUCCCCUGUCCAUUUGAAUGUUGGAGGAAUGGUGGGACAGUUGGGGGAUAUUUACUUUAAAUCAGAAUUGUUAACUAUUUUUUACAUUGCUGUGUGUGAACAAAAACAUGAGCAGCUUUUUUAACAUUCCUUUUCUAUCCAUUGUGGAGCGGUUUUUAACAGGGAACAAACAAAGGGAGGUUUGAUAUGAAGUGAGUUGGCCAAUUCCACGGCACAUGAAAUGUUUCUGCAUCUGUUUUGUGUUUGUGAAACAGGAAGGGAAAAAAAACCCCAGGAAAAUGAAAAAAGGGAAAAUAGGCAAAAGGAGAAGAAUCCUUUAUGAAGCACUCAAAAAUGACAUGAAAAGGUGUUUAUGUACAGCAGCCACUGGCUGCUGAGCUCAAGAAUUAAAGAAAAAAUAAAUCUAAAAAUAACUUCUGGACCUGGUGUAGCUUUUAAACUUGAAUACCCAAUAUUCUGCACAGGAAUCUGAAAUAUUCCUUGCUGCACUUCCAUCCUCCUCAGAGGAAAGUGAAGGUGCUGCCAGAUUUGAUCUGGGAAACCUUUGUGCCAUAAGCAGAUCCUCUGUGGUCCUUGUGGUGCGUGUGCUGGAUUUUUAAAUUUUGUUUUUAUUUUAACCUAUAAUGAGGGAUAAGUUUCUGCAUCAUUGAGGGUGUGAGUUCUUUUUUUCUUUUUGGAAUCACUUCAGGUUUAGUUACCUUAAACAAAAGCAGUAAAUUAUUGCAGCAGGAAUUUCUGCAUC